AUGAAACACAUCCUCGCGCUUGUCCUUCUCUUCUCUGCUGCACAGGCGGCUCCGACUUCUAAUCCCGGACUGCGUGGCUCGGGUGAUCUCGUGGGUUACUCGCCUUCACGCGAUGUACCCGUGAAAAACACCUCGGUGCAGUAUGAGCUGGUGAAGGGGCAGAAGGAGGAUGCAGAUGUGGGCGUUUAUCUUGAUUUCAAGGAUGUGAAGAAUCCACAGCCGAUUCGCGGGAGUCACGGGGGGACGGAUCCGGGGCCGAAAAACGACGCCUACCAACGCCUAAACAGCGAUAAACUCGCACCUCCCGGCACCGACAACGGGCAGACGAUCAACGCACAAUGGCCCAUGGCGCUCAGCCGCAACAGACUAGGCAUCGAGAACUCCGGCUGGGCAAGGCAGGAAAACACCGUCGUGAUGCCUGAUGCUACCAAGAUGGCUGGGGUGGAUAUGCGGCUUGAGCCGGGAGCAUAUCGGGAGCUGCAUUGGCAUGUUGCGGGGGAGUGGUCGUUGGUGCUGAAUGGUUCUUGUCGGGUCCAGGCUGUUAAUGAGAAUGGGCAGACGUUUGUGGAUGAUGUUACAGAAGGGGAUGUGUGGUUUUUUCCUAAGGGCGUUCCUCAUUCGAUUCAAGCCCUAGAUGGGGGUGUUGAGUUUCUGCUUGUUUUUGAUGACGGGUCGUUUUCUGAGGAUAAUACUUUCCUGGCUUCGCAGGUGUUUGCCCAUCAGCCGAAAGAAGUCCUCGCCAAAGACCUAGGCAUCCCCAUCUCCUCCCUCGACAACAUCCCCCAAAACGAACUCUACAUCUUCCCCGGCACGCCCGCCCCCUCCAACAUCUCCGAACAAAACGUCACAACCCCCUCUGGUCUCGUCCCCCGCUCGCAAAGCUACACCUACCACUUCUCCCAACAACCCGCGCACCGCGUUGCCGGCGGCUCCGUCAAAAUCAUCGACCCCGCAACCUUCCCCAUCGCCUCCAACUUCUCCGCCGCAAUCGUCACCGUGAACCCCGGCGGCAUGCGCGAGAUCCACUGGCACCCGUCCAGCGACGAGUGGACGUUCUUCAUUCGCGGCCAGGGCCGCGCGACGCUCUUCGAAGCGCCCUCGACAGCAACCACAUUCGAUUACACGGCCGGCGACGUGGGGUACUUCCCGCAGUCGAAUAGCCAUUAUAUUGAAAAUACGGGGGAUGACGAGUUGGUAUUUUUGGAGGUGUUGCAGGCGGAUGCGUUUACGGAUAUUGCGCUGGGGCAGUGGAUUGCGAGUACGCCGAGGCAGAUUGUGAAGGAUACGUUGGGGUUGAGUGAUGGGACGCUGGGGAUGUUGAAGACGGAGAAGCAGUAUGUUGUUGCUGGGAGUGACUGA